AUGGUUGCUCCGACACAGCUCCAGACCUUUGCGACCAAGCCGCGCGUCUUCAUCCUCAGUGACAUUUCCAAUGAACCUGAUGAUGCCGAGUCGUUGGUGCGCUAUCUGCUUUACUCCAACCAAUUUCGGACGGAAGGACUAGUCGCGUGUACCUCGACAUGGAUGAAGAACAAGGUCUGCCCGCAGGAUAUGCACAAGGUUGUCGAUGGCUAUGAAAAGGUUGUCGACAACCUGAAUGCCCACGCUCAUCCCAAUGACCCUUACCCGACGGCACAAUACCUGAGAUCGCUAAUUAAGAAGGGUGCAGAGACAUACGGUAUGACGGCAGUAGGCGAUGAUAUUCCCCUGAGUGAAGGCGGCCAGCUACUCCUCGAGCGCAUCGAAGCACCCUCCGAGGAUCCCCUCUGGGUUCUUUGCUGGGGUGGAACCAAUGUCCUCGCCUCCGUUCUCCUCAAGAUCCGGAGGACCCACUCCACCGCCAGCGCCGCGAAACUGUUUUGCAAACUGCGCGUAUACACCAUUUCCGACCAGGACGACACAGGCACCUGGAUCCGACACAACUACCCCGACAUCUUUUAUAUCUGCUCCGUCCACGGCUGGAACCAAUACGGCAUGGCUGCAUGGUGCGGCAUCUCCGGCGACGGCUGGUACGGCUUCGAUCAAGGCGGGCCUGACCCAUCCAAGAUAAGCAAAGAGUGGAUCAAGGAGAAUAUCCAGAUCGGCCCGCUCGGUUCGACCUAUCCGGACUACAUGUUUAUUCCAGAGGGCGACACCCCGACUUUCCUAUACAUAAUCCAGAAUGGUCUGGGUGUGCCCCAUCGUCCGGAGUACGGCUCCUGGGGUGGACGAUAUAUCCCCACCAACAUCAGUAACAAGGGAGUCUCAAAUGGCCAUUUUAGCGAUACCGUGGACGAAGUCAUUGGACUUGAUGGUCGGAAGCACAAGUCCAACCACGCGACUAUUUGGCGCUGGCGUGAUGCGUUCCAGACCGACUUUGCGGCGCGCAUGCAAUGGUCCCUUUCGUCGGACCGGAGCAAAGCAAACCACCAUCCUGUUGUCGAUAUUAAUGGGGACAGGGGCUUGGAGCCGCUUCACUUUGAAUUGGAGGCUGGCGCCACUUUCCAGUUAGAGGCUUCUGCAUCUUACGACCCCGAUCCCAACGACAAACUCACAUUCAAGUGGUACCAAUACAAAGACCCCAGCGCGACGCAAUGGUCUGUUCACCAUGAAGUCGGCUCAUUGGAGAUCAAGUCCCUCAAUGAGAGCAGCAGCAAAGUCGAGGUUAAGAUCCCUCCUCCGGAGAAAUGCUGCGUGGAGCUCAUCAGCCGAGCGGCAAUUCCCAAGGGCCAAGUGCUGCACCUGAUUCUUGAGGUGAAGGAUAAUGGGUCCCCCGCCCUGACCAGCUACCGCCGAGUCAUUAUCCAAACAACAAACGAAAAGUUGCUAGGCGGUGGUGGUGGCGCUGAGGCUAUCGGAGACACCCUGCGAGAAGUGCUAUAA